UGCGAGUCCCCAGUCACAACAUCUCUGCUCGCUGAGAAAACCCGACGCACUCUACCGUUUUGCACCGUUUUCCCGAGAAAAUUCGAAGAUGAGCCGCCAUCCUCCUGUCAAGUGGGCCCAGAGGUCCGAUGAGCUCUACAUAACUGUGGAGUUGCCUGAUGCCCAGGAUGUGAAACUUAAAUUGGAGCCAGAUGGGAAAUUUUACUUCUCUGCAACUACUGGUGCAGAAAAAAUUCCUUAUGAAAUUAAUAUUGACUUGUUUGACAAGGUUGAUGUAAAUAAUAGCAAAGCUAGCACCGGUUCUAGAAAUAUCUUCUACAUUGUGAAAAAGUCCGAGAGCAAAUGGUGGAGCAGAUUGUUAAAGCCAGAAGGAAAACCUCCAGUCUUUCUGAAAGUAGAUUGGGACAAGUGGGUUGAUGAAGAUGAGGAGCAAGAAGACAAUAAACCUGGAACUGAUAUGGACUAUGGCAACUUCGAUUUUUCUAAGUUGAACAUGGGUGGCGAUGAGGGACUGGAUGGUGAUGUGGCAGAUGAUGGUGAUGAUGAUGAGAGUGACACAGAAGAGGAGGACUCAGAAUCAGCUGAUAAUGAGCCUGACACAAAAGACACGGCAGGCAGCAACCCUAGUGCUGCAUCUGAUGCCAAAGUUUAGAAUCGUGGAAUCGUGGACCUUAUCAUAGCUUUCAGUGUAGGACAAGUUUAUAGCUCCCGGAUUAUUAUGGUUUUAGGUUGGUGACGGGUUAAAUUAUCCUUGGUUUUUAACGAGUAGUUAGGAAUAUAUCGGUUGCCUUUGUUUGGGUUAGGGUUAGUCUGAAAAAAAAUUCUCUCAAAUCCUUUUUAUAAGGUAUCUUUAACUAAAUUAUCAAUUAAAGUAGUUAAAGUUAGC